CAAAGGAAAGUACCAGUAAGAAAUUUGAUAAAACUUACCUAUAUAACUAGUUAUAUUCCGCAAUUUACUAGGAAAUCUUUAACGAAAAUACAAUGAGAUCAACACAUCCGACCGCGAAAAAGCCCCCGCAAAUAAUAUUCACCAAAAACACGUAUAGUCCUGGAGUGAAAGUGGAAAAUUGGGACUACAGUCGUUUUGCUGAAGUUAAAGACAACUAUGUAUAUCGCGACCGUCUAAGCAAUCAAGUGAGCACAUACUGUCGGCUAGGUACUCAAGACCAGCCGUUUACUACUGAAACUAGGGAAAUGCUCGCACAGAUUCACACUAAAACUGACCCUGUGUACACCUUCAAGCCACUCGUGAACUUUACAUCUUAUCCGUGUACUGAUACGCCUGGUAGAAACAAAUUAAUGAAGAAUGCUAAUUUGGCUCAACUACCUCCCGACUACGGCGUUAUGGAUUAUAUUUCAACACACCAAGAUGACUUUAGGAACCCUUACCCAUGUGUUAUGAAACCGCUGACAAUGUCGUCGCCACCUUGGAUGCUUAACCGUGUGGUCCGAUCUGGACUGACUCUGAAGCAGGAGUCGGUGCCAGACGCCGGGGACCACAAGUUUCUGGACGACGGCGACGACGCGCCCCUGGACCACAUCCGCCGCAUGAGGAUGCCCCGACACCUCUCCUUCAACCCCGCCUCCGGUCUACAAGACUUCCCCUGUCCAAACCCCAGAGAAUGAUAAACACGGAAGUAAUGGUUUUAUCAAUAUUUUAUUUAUCAAUGUCAAAUCAAAAAGCUAUGUAUACAAAACACAACAAAAUUAGAACGAUGAAAAACAAAGAAACUAAAAUAAUUUCUAAAUUAAGUAUGAAUAACGAAAAUCUUAGAAAAACUAAUUUUAACUGAUAUUUUAUGAAUAAUUAAUAGAAAAUUAACGUAGACGUAGCUCUUUCGAUGUUUAAUACAAGGUAUCACAUUAAGUGCCAUGUAAUAAAUGACUAAAAUUAUAUUUGUUUCCUUCACACUAUGUUUAAAUUUGAGAAACUUUUAUAAAUUACUGAAAUGCCGACAUUAGUCUAAAAACUAUAAUAUUUAGUAAACAAACAGAUAAACUUAAAAUACAACAGUAAUUGAACAUACAAGGUUGUGUUAAACUUAUCACCACAUUGGAAGAUAUUCAUAAAUUUUUGCAACUUACUGAACUCACACAUAAAAAGAAAAAACAUAGACUGCCAAUAACUUAUACCGAGGCUUAUACCCUGCCGCCAUUCGAGAUAUUACGAUAACCGAGUUUCGCCAACAGUUGGAUUAAUGUUUGAAUCUUGUAGCAUUAACACGAUUCUAGAAAAGAUUUCUUGCUAAACUCAGUUGUCCAGGCGGCCUCCAUGGCAUAUUAAAUUAAAACAUAAUGCCUCUUCUAAAAUAAUACAGGUACAAUGGCCUGCACAGAAAUAUGACCCCUCUUGAGUGACAUUGCUACUGAGAGUCUACUGUCAGGUUUCUUUGCAGCCCACUUUACACCAUAAAAAAGUAAAUUUAUGAAACACUCAUAAACCUUUUAAAUAAUAUCAAUAGUAGUACUUACACUAACCAAUGCUAUUUGUAUUUAUAUAGCAGUUCCUGUAGGAUUUUUGAACUGCAUCCAUAUUCAUACUAGAAUCUAUAACUACACUUGUUUCUUGUUAAUUCUAUUUUGUACAAAUUAGAAAGUGAAUUGAGGUAUGCCAGAUUUGCGAGUUAUACAACUUUAAUAAGAUUUAUAUAUUUUUAACAUUAUAUUAUAUAAUAAAAUCUAUUUGCUUGAGAAA